CCUCACCACAACCUGCUAUUCAGAACCGCGCCUUGUUUGUCCAGCCUUGACGUUGUCGCAGUAUGGUGUACUACUUCAGCUCCAACACGGUAUCCCCUGCCGCCUUUAUAUACGUCGGCAAAGACAAAGUAGAAAAUGAGGAGCUGAUCAAAUACGGCUGGGACGAAGAUGUCUGGUUUCACGUAGACAAUCUUUCCUCGGCGCACAUUUACGUGCGUCUGCCUGAUGGGCAGGAUUGGGAGAGUAUUGAUCAAGGCUUGUUGGUGGACUGUGCACAGUUGACCAAGGCGAACAGUAUUGAAGGCAACAAGAAGGACAACAUCACAGUCAUCUAUACGCCUUGGUCGAACCUGAAGAAGGAUGGCAGCAUGGCUGUCGGACAGGUGGGCUUCAAAGACCAGCGCAGGGUCAAGCGGAUACAUGUUGAGAAGCGAGAAAAUCCCAUAGUCAAUCGCCUCAACAAGACCAAGAUCGAGAAGUACCCAGAUUUAGCUAUGGAGAAGGAGGCUCGCCAGAAAGAGCUGAGGAAGAAGGAUAGGGACGCACAACAGGCUCGGAAAAAGGAAGAAGCUCGCAUCAUGAAGGAGCGGAAAGAGCAAAAGUACCAAAAGGAGCAUGCCUACGACGACCUCUUCUCUGAAGAGAACAUGGCGUCUGCCAGCAAUCAAGACCGCUCGGAGGACUUCCUGGACGACUUCUUCUGAUUCCGCAUGGAAUCUCUGAGUCCUGUCCACAUCCAAGCAUCCUGCACAAGAGCUUUCCCAGGCACUGCUUUCUGAUAGAGCUGGCCAUAUCCAAUGUAUCACCCCAAGAUCUUCUAUGUGGGUGGCGUUAUUGGGCGUAUGUGUCUGAAUCGGGAGUCGGGAAGGCUUCAAACAGGGUCGCGGACGGUCAUGGCUGGAAGGCAGAUAUCCAUGCUCUCGUUCAGCAUAUCUAUGUUGUGGUUGAAAGCAUCAAAGGCGAUUGUUUUCAUGCGCAGCUCUUCACGGGUCCUGGCUGAAUGUUAGCCAACUCCUAGAUAGAAGAGCAAGCAACUGACAUAUUCUUCUGAUUUGGUUUGCUCUUGCCGCCAUCUUGUUGGCUCCACC